CUUCUGCCCAAGGUUAUUAGUUGCAGCCGUUUAAUUUUUCCCUUCCGAAUUCAAAUAACGGCAAACUCCAUAUCAACUCUCCCAGCAAACUUCCUACCCUCCUCUCAGUUGCAAGAACACACUUUUAAACUCUCCUUCCAAAUUCAUUUUUCCUCUCGGUUCUUAUCAAACGCGAGUAAAGCAAUAACAGAUUUUCUCAAGCAAAUCUGCACUUCAAUCUGCCAACACAGGUUUGGUGUUAAUGGACUGUAGAGUUCUGUCUUUCAAUCGAAGCUGUGGUUUAUUUGGCGGCCAAAGAAUUAGUCAUCAAAUACCCUUUGCUUAUCAUCAGAGAGGAGCAUUUCGUUGCACUACAACUUGUUCUAUGAAGUCCUAUAAGCUGUCAGAUCUUAGCAGGUCUGAGGUUAUUAGCCUUAAAGCUCGCCCUCGGAUUGAUUUCCGAUCGAUUUUUGAAGUGGUUGAGCCCAUUAUUGAAGAUGUGCGGAGUAGAGGUGAUGCUGCUGUCAAGGACUAUACACUGAAGUUUGACAAAGUUGAACUAGACAGCAUCGUUGAGAUUGUGAAUGACUUUCCGAAUCCAGUGCUUGAUCCUUCUGUUCAAGAAGCGUUUGAUGUGGCGUACGACAACAUUUUUGCUUUCCAUGCUGCACAAAAACCAGUUGAGCAGUUUGUGGAGAAUAUGGAAGGUGUUCGAUGCAAAAGAGUGGCACGGAGUAUUUCUUCUGUGGGUCUUUAUGUUCCUGGUGGAACUGCUGUAUUACCUUCAACAGCCCUGAUGCUGUCAGUUCCUGCACAAAUUGCUGGGUGCAAAACCAUUGUACUCGCAACUCCUCCUGCUCAAGAUGGCAGCAUCUGUAAGGAGGUUCUUUAUUGCGCAAAGAAAGCUGGUGUUACUCAUAUUCUUAAAGCUGGAGGUGCUCAGGCUAUUUCAGCUAUGGCGUGGGGAACUGAUUCCUGCCCUAAGGUUGAAAAGGUAUAUGGGCCUGGAAAUCAGUAUGUGACUGCUGCAAAAAUGAUUCUCCAGAAUAGCGAAGCUAUGAUUUCAAUAGACAUGCCUGCUGGACCAUCAGAAGUACUUGUCAUUGCUGAUAAACAUGCAAGUCCUGUUCACAUAGCUGCAGAUUUACUUUCCCAGGCUGAGCAUGGCCCUGAUAGCCAAGUUGUUCUUGUAGUUGCUGGAGAAGGUGUCGAUAUAAAUGCCAUUGAGGAUGAAAUCAAGAAGCAAUGCAAUAGUCUUCCACGGGCAGAGUUUGCUUCUAGAGCACUAAGCCACAGCUUUAUUGUUCACGCUCGUGAUAUGGUUGAGGCAAUUGCCUUUUCUAAUCUGUAUGCACCUGAGCAUUUAAUAAUCAACGUGAAAGAUGCUGAAAAGUGGGAAUCGUUCGUUGAGAAUGCAGGUUCUGUAUUUGUGGGUCAGUGGACACCAGAGAGUGUUGGGGAUUAUGCAAGCGGCACAAAUCACGUUCUUCCAACUUAUGGUUAUUCACGAAUGUAUGGUGGAGUCUGUUUAGACUCUUUCUUGAAAUACAUUACAGUUCAGUCAUUGACAGAAGAAGGGCUUAGGAAUCUCGGGCCUUAUGUAGCCACUAUGGCUGAAGUCGAGGGACUCGAUGCCCACAAGAGAGCCGUAACUCUUAGACUACAGGACAUUGAAGCUAAAGCAAGCACGUCUUUUCCCAAAUAAGUACGUGCUUUUCACUUGAUUUCUUGUAUCUUAUUUUUGUAGAGAUACUAUAAGAUAGCUGCUUUUAUUGGUUCGGAUCAGUUUUUGCUUUGAUAUAAGCUUCUAUGGAAUUAUUACCUUGAGCACGGACUGUAUGCUUCUCUCUUGAGCUACAUUUGAAAUUUUAAGCGUGGAAUAUAUUUUGCUUAUGGACAACUUUUGUUAUAUAUAUAUAUAUAUA